AUGAGAGAGAUCACAGUCUACUCAAGAAGUGAGAAGGGCGGAGAGAGGAGCUUACGAGGCGAGUCGGACUCUGGACGGUCGAAGAGAAUACGUUUGCCGGAGUGUGGGGGGGGGGGGGGGGGUGGGGGUGGGGGUGGGGGAGAGGUGGGGGGGGGGGGGGGGGGGGGUGGGGGGGUGGGGGAUUUGGGGGGGGGGGGGUGGGGGGGGGGGGGGGAAGGGGGGGGGGGGGUGGGGGGGGUGGUGGUGGGGGGAAGGGUGGGUGGGGGGGGGGGGGGGGGGGGGGGGGGGGGGGGGUGGGGGUGGGUGGGGGAGGGGGGGGGAGUUGGGGGGGGGGGGGGGGGGGGGGGGGGGGGGGGUGGGGGUGGUGGGGGGGGUGGAGUUGGGGGGGGGGGUUGUGGGUAG